UAUGUAUUUUUUAUGGAACGAUAGAGAGUAUUAUGAAGGCAUUAUGCAGUAUUAUGCGAUAUUACGUUGGUAUGGCCAUCGACAAAAAAUUUUUGUAUUUUUUAUGUAACGACAGAGAGUAUUAUGAAGGUAUUAUGCAGUAUUAUGCGAUAUUACGUUGGUAUGGCCAUCGACAGAAAAUUUAUGUGUUUUUUAUGAAUUAUGAAGGUAUUAUGCAGUAUUAUGCAGUAUUAUGCGAUAUUACGUUGGUAUGGCCAUCGACAGAAAAUUUAUGUAUUUUUUAUGAAUUAUGAAGGUAUUAUGCAGUAUUAUGCGAUAUUACGUUGUUAUGGUCAUCGACAGAAAAUUUAUGUACUUUUUUUGAAUUAUGAAGGUAUUAUGCAGUAUUAUGCAGUAUUAUGCGAUAUUACGUUGGUUAUGGAUUAUUGACAGAAAAAUAUGUAUUUUUUAUGUAACGAUAGAGAGUAUUAUGAAGGCAUUAUGCAGUAUUAUGCGAUAUUACGUUGGUAUGGCCAUCGACAGAAAAAAUAUGUAUUUUUUAUGUAACGACAGAGAGUAUUAUGAAGGUAUUAUGCAGUAUUAUGCGAUAUUACGUUGGUAUGGCCAUCGACAGAAAAUUUAUGUAUUUUUUAUGAAUUAUGAAGGUAUUAUGCAGUAUUAUGCAGUAUUAUGCGAUAUUACGUUGGUAUGGAUUAUUGACAGAAAAAAUAUGUAUUUUUUAUGGAACGAUAGAGAGUAUUAUGAAGGCAUUAUGCAGUAUUAUGCGAUAUUACGUUGGUAUGGCCAUCGACAGAAAAUUUUUGUAUUUUUUAUGUAACGACAGAGAGUAUUAUGAAGGUAUUAUGCAGUAUUAUGCGAUAUUACGUUGGUAUGGCCAUCGACAGAAAAUUUAUGUAUUUUUUAUGAAUUAUGAAGGUAUUAUGCAGUAUUAUGCGAUAUUACGUUGUU